CAUAAAAGGUCGCUCCAGUUCAAGCGGCGUCAAUUCAACUCGUAGACAUUGAAACUCAAACUAUUAUCUCUGCCAUUAAAAAGUUGACGCCGGCAACACAGAGCCGCCGCGUCAGUGGCCGGACGCUGCCAGUCGAGCGGGCGCACGCGGCGAGCAAUGUCGUGCGCGGGUGAUGCGCGGCCGUCCCGCGCCUCGUGAGCGCUGCCGGCAUGUGAUGUUCCGGAGACGCGCGCUGCGGCGGCGGCUAGCAGCCGCCGGCGCAAACCACAUCCCCGACGACACUCUCAGGAGACUCUCCCGCGCGCUGGACACCCCACCGGCCUCAGAAUGCGUGCCAGCGGACCCCAAUCUCAAACUCGUUGUGACCAGACUGUUCAGAUUCCCCGACUUGAGGGACCUCAACGAGCUGAGGCGCCUCCCGGUGUGCCGGGAACAGAACUGCUGCAAUCCUCACCAUUGGAGCAGACUGUCAGAACCCGAAAUCCCUCCCCCGCCAUACACGCCGUACGCGAUGGAUGACGUUAAAAGUAAAGACCACGGAGAGAGCACAGCAGACGCGAGGAGGACGGACCACGAGCGGCUAACUGCGGGCUCUCUCGCCACCGACGGCGAAGAGAAAGGCACAUGGGAAACGGAGUGGUGCCGGCUAGCGUAUUGGGAGCUGGCGCGGCGCGUGGGCCGGCAGUUCGGCGUGCGCGUGCGCUGCGUCGACGUGUUCGGCGGCGCCGGCGCCGGUCGCGCCGGGCUCUGUCUCGACGCGUUGGAGGACGCCACUAAAGCUGAUCAGGUGAAAAAGAUCCGAUCCAAAAUCGGUCUGGGCGUGACUCUCUCCCUGGAGCCGGACGGUGUGUGGCUGUACAACAGAAGCCAGCAGCCCGUGUUCUGCAGCUCGCCCGCGCUGGACGCGGCGGCGGCGCGGGCGCUGCUGGUGUGGCGCGUGCCGCCCGGCCACUGCCUGCGCGUGUUCGACCCGGCCGCGCCGCCGCCCGCGGCCUCGCUGCCGCACGUCGGCCCCGUGGACCCGCGCUCGGUGCGCAUCUCCUUCGCCAAGGGCUGGGGCCCCAAGUACUCGCGCCGGGACGUCACCGCCUGCCCCUGCUGGCUCGAGGUCCUCCUCGCGCCCCCCAGCUGACCCUAGUGCUCGUAAAACUUUUUAUACGGGAUUGUGUUUUUAUAAACGUUUUUACGGACGCGGUGUUCAUGAACUUAACCAAUUAUUUAUGUGAUGUUAAAAUUUAAACAGGUUUAUGUGGGAGGCCUUGUAACCAGUGAUUUUAAUGAAUGUUUUGUGUGAAUGUGCUCUCGCGGGAGACGCGGGUCGUUAGGAGAGCCCCCAUUGUCAUUACCGCAUUACUUCAUGUCAUUACCAUGUCACAUUCAGUCAUUACCGUGUCACGCCAUUUUUCGUGAAGUAACUCGCUGAAAUUGGAAAAGCCAAUUUUUUGUGGAGUGCGACUUAUUGCCUCUAACCGUUGCUGCGUUUUCUGUGAGCGUUGCUCUGUAUCACAUGGUUACAUCUACAAAUAUGUCAGCGACAUUCUGACAUUAAAUA